AUGUCGUGCUACCUACAGCAGUGCCUCCCUCCAGUCUACCAAGACCCCAUCCCCAUCAAAUCCCCACCGAUGUACAUUGCCAGACUUCCACCGGUGCCUACCUGGCAGUCGACCCUGUGCACCCCACAGUACGUGACCCCCUGUGUCCCCCAGCAGCGGAUCAUGUCCUCCAGCUUCUCCCAACAGCAGUGUGUGACCAGGUGCACGCCACGGCAGCAAUAUGCAACCAAGUGUGUUCCACAGCAGCAGUGUGUGACCCAGCGCAUCCUACAGCAGCCGUGUGCAGGUCGGUGCGUGACAAAGUGCGUGCCACAGCAGCAGUGUGUGACCACGGGCAUGUCGCAAGAGCCUUGUGUGACCCAGUGUGUGCCACAGCAGCCGUGUGCGACCACGGGCGUGCCGCAGCAGUGUGCAACCAAGUGCACGACUGUGCACGUCCCCCAGCAGCAGUGUGCGACCAGGUGCGUGACCACGUGCGUGCCACAGCAGCCGUACCUGACCAUGGGCAUCCCCCAGCAGCAGUGUGCCACCAAAUGCGUCCCGCAGCAGUGCGUCACCACGUACAAGCCGCAGCAGCAGUGUGCGACCAGGUGUGUCACCACGUGCGUCCCGCAGCAGCGUGCCACCAAGUGUGUCUCGCACAAGUUUGUGACCUCCUGUGCCCCGCAGCAGUGUGCCACCGCGCAUGUCCCGCAGCAGUACGUGACCAAGUGCGUGACCAAGUGUGUCCCUCAGCAGUGUGAGACAACUGAUGCCUCCCAGCAGCAGUGUGUGACCAAGUGUGUCCCACAGCAGUGUGUGACCAAGUGUGUCCCACGGCAGCAGUGUGCCACCAAGAGUGUCCCACAGCAGUGUGUGACCAAGAGUGUCCCACAGCAGCAGUGUGCGACCAAGUGUGUCCCACAGCAGCAUGGUACCAACAGGGGCGUCCAGCAGUAG